CUUCAGCGCGUUAAGUCUGCUUUCCGCUUUGGGUAGAGUUGUGAGCGGCGGUACUGCUGCUGUCCAGAGCGCUCCUUCGGCACCUGGGGAAAAGAAGGGGAGGGUUUUUUCUUCUUUUUUUUAAAAAGCUCUUGGUGUAGCCAGCAGUUUAAAACAUUUCCAAAUAUCUUUUUGGAAGUAAUUCCUUUGUGGGAACAUCUUUUUAAUUUUGUUUUUGAAGCCCCACCUGCUUAAGGACACUUUCAUUCUUUAAGGGUGAAAUUUUAACUUUUGCUAAAGGCUCCUUCUUGGAUUUAGGGUUUUGUUUUGUUCUCGCGCCUUGAGAACUCAGCCCAAUCAUGGUGAUGUUCAAGAAGAUCAAGUCUUUCGAGGUGGUCUUUAACGACCCCGAGAAGGUGUACGGCAGCGGGGAGAAGGUGGCCGGCCGGGUGGUCGUGGAGGUGUGUGAAGUCACUCGAGUCAAAGCCCUGAGGAUCUUGGCUUGCGGAGUGGCCAAGGUCGUGUGGAUGCAGGGAUCACAGCAGUGCAAGCAGAGUCUGGACUACCUGCGCUACGAGGACACGCUCACCCUGGAGGACCACCCCACAGGUGAGAACGAGAUGGUGAUCAUGAGACCUGGAAACAAAUACGAGUACAAGUUCAGCUUUGAGCUUCCUGAAGGGCCUCUGGGAACAUCCUUCAAAGGGAAAUAUGGUUGUGUAGACUACUGGGUGAAGGCUUUUCUUGAUCGCCCCAGCCAGCCAACUCAGGAGACAAAGAAACACUUUGAAGUGAUGGAUCUGGUGGAUAUCAAUACCCCCGAUUUAAUGGCACCAGUGUCCGCUAAAAAGGAGAAGAAAGUUUCUUGCAUGUUCAUUCCCGACGGGCGUGUGUCUGUCUCUGCUCGAAUUGACAGAAAAGGAUUCUGUGAAGGUGAUGACAUUUCCAUCCACGCUGACUUUGAGAAUACAUGUUCCCGCAUUGUCGUCCCCAAAGCAGCCAUUGUGGCCCGCCACACUUACCUUGCCAAUGGCCAGACCAAGGUGCUCACUCAGAAGUUGUCGUCAGUGAGAGGCAAUCAUAUUAUCUCAGGGACGUGUGCGUCAUGGCGAGGCAAGAGCCUUCGGGUGCAGAAGAUCAGGCCAUCUAUUCUGGGCUGCAACAUCCUUCGAGUUGAAUAUUCCUUGCUGAUCUACGUUAGUGUCCCUGGCUCCAAGAAAGUCAUCCUUGACCUGCCCCUGGUGAUUGGCAGUAGGUCGGGUCUAAGCAGCCGGACAUCCAGCAUGGCCAGCCGAGCUAGCUCUGAAAUGAGCUGGAUAGACCUAAACAUCCCUGAUACCCCAGAAGCUCCCCCUUGUUACAUGGAUAUAAUUCCUGAAGAUCACCGAUUGGAGAGCCCGACCACUCCGCUGCUAGAUGAUGCCGACGGGUCUCAAGAUAGCCCUAUCUUUAUGUAUGCUCCUGAGUUCAAGUUCAUGCCACCACCCACAUACACUGAGGUGGACCCUUGCAUCCUCAAUAACAAUGUGCAGUGAGCCCGUGGAAGAAAAGAAGCAGCUGUACCUACUUGUUUCUUUCCGCCUCUCUUCUGGAUGCUCACUUUUCCAGAGACUUUGUAGUCUCUGCACCGGGGUACGGGUCCCUCCCAGCCUCAGACUCCCUAAUGCAGGCGGUGAUCAGCAGGCAGUUUUCAGGCCUCAGGUGGCGUGGACUUGUCAGUCCGUACCAAUGUUGGGAUAUAGGAGUGUUUGCUGGAUGGGUUUAAAAACACACUAAAAACAUUCAGGCCCAUUCCAUUUUCUCAGAUCUCCUUGAAAAUUGAGGCAUUUUCACUACUCGGGGUUAGAAAUGACCACUGAAAGAAAUGAAACCUCCCAUUGUUUUUUUGAAGGGAAUUACAGAUCUUGGAAUAACAUCAGAUUUCACACUCUUGUGCCAUAUGGAACAGAGUGGACUAGGCAAAAGAGGUUUUUAAAAUCAGUGUUUCCCUUUGUUUUGUACACUUACAGGAAAAAAAAAAAAAAAAAAAAACGGAAAAGAAAAAAUGCUCUAGGGCUAAUUUGGUUUCCGCUCUAGAGAGUGCUUCUCCUGUGGGAAGUUGCUCUCACAUGACUUUGCUUAGAAUACAGUUUAACCUGGCGUAAAGCAGUAGCAAGUAUGCCCCACCAAAGGUCUUAAAAGCCAUUUUUAGAGCCUUAUUGCACUGUUUUCUCCUGUUGCAAACUUCCUUACAUGGGAGGAUAUUUUUCUUUCCAUGUGAUUCCUUGGAAUUGAGUCCAAGGUGAUGCUCUCAGCACUUUAGUUCCUAUUAUUUGUUCCUGUGUUUUUUCUUCCCCAUCUCACAUGAAAGCUACUAGUCUCUGGGGGUAGGCAUAAUGACACACACAAAUGUGUUAGCAUUACUUUGGCAACUUUGUCCCAGUGUACAGAAUUGUAUAAUUCCGACACCAAUCACAUAAGGGUUGCUGCUCUCAGCCUUUCGCACUGUGACUUCUCUAAACCCAAGGAGGGACUCUGGGACAGAUGCCCCAACACUGAUCAGAGCCUCCAGACACUGCCAUGAGAACCUUUAAGGGCUCCUUGGACCCCUUUCUGCCCAGUGUUAGGAGAGGGGGCUGCCCCUCUUCUCACCGUAGCCACUGGCACUUGAUCAGCCCCCCUUAGCCAAAGCACUUUGUUCGCUGUCCUGUGUCAGAGCACUGAGCUCCACCCUUUGCUGAGAAUUUUUACCGCCAGAAAGUAUGUGGGUUGAAGGUGGUGGUAUCAUUGUUUUUGUAUUUUGUGUAACUUUUUGUAUGAUACAAACUAUAUUUUAUACUUAACCAGAUGUAUUUUCACCCCAUGUGGGGGUAUUCUUUGUAAAAAAUUCAAAAAUAAAAAAAAUUUUUUUAAUGGCAAAAAA